UUGUAUUUAUUUAAUGGUAGGCGAAAAAAGUAAUAUUAGUUUCCAAAUCAAUCACGAUGGUCUCCACAAUUGUAAUUUUCAAACGGAACCGCCAUUUUCUGUCUCCGUUUAAUUAACAUUUUAGAAACAAAAUUAGCAGUAUUAAUUUUAUUUUUACAUUAAUUAUUGAUAUGACUGUUAGCCAGGUCCCAAUAAUGUUAUUUAUUACUAGGUAAAUCUUUAAGCAAAACAAUUUGAAAACAUUCAAACACUUUGACACAUUUAGACGUUUGACAUAAGUUUGUCAUUCUCUGUGGCAAGUCCAAAUUGAAAUUAUAAGCAUAAAAUUGUUACGAUUACAACUUUGCUCUAACUUACAUACCAUUUAACCAAAUUCGUUACUUAAUUGGAGCGUUAUUCCAAUAAUUAUUAGCAUAAGUCUACAAUGAGUCGCCAAGUGGACAUAAAAGCGUUAGUUUCACACGUAGUGCGAGGAGAUGGUAUAAAUAAAUGUAGAAUAUGUAUGGGAGACACUUCGGAAGGCCAAGUUUUUCUUGGCGAUACAGUAUUGAUGGACGGGGAUCAACCUGUAACUUUAUCGGAGCUGCUGGAGACAAUAACAGGAGUUCAGAUGGCGAUCGAUGAGGACUUGCCUGUCAACUUAUGCUCGUUGUGCUCCAUGUCCGCGUUAAACGCAGCCCAUUUCCGCACCGCCUGCAGGCGUGCUGCCCACAAAUGGGAGACUAUUGUACAAUUGCUGGCCAACAUACCACAACACGCUAAAGAUAGAUCACUAUUCGCAUUAGUAGAAGAAGACCAGAUGGUCCUUCUAACUGAUUGUGAUAGUAUCUCUUCAAGUAAAACAGCGGCUUAUAAACUAACAAGAAAGAUGAGGAAUAUACAAAACUCUGAGAAUGUUAAAACAUGUCAAAAACAACGUUAUGAAUGUCCAGAUUGUGGCAAACAGUUUGGCUAUGUCCACCAAUUGUAUCGACAUUUAAAGGAAUCGACAGAUUUAAAACGUGCUUGUUAUAUUUGUGCGAAAAUCAUGAAUAGAGAUGAGUUAGUGAGACAUUUGAAAGAACAGCACAAUCAGAAGCCUUAUGACUGUAAAAAGUGUCCUGCUUUACUGCCUUCGUAUAAUAAAUAUGUUCAGCAUUUACGACAAGCACAUUCACAAGGUUCUUGCACUUGUGGUGACUGCGGACGGAGUUUCAAGACUGCCAAUAGUUUCAGAGCGCAUCUCUCAGUACAUACGAAAAAGUCUUGUCCGAGCUGUGAUAAGGUGGAGGAGGCGAAGAGUUUGCCGCGCGGAGUCUGUUCCUCAUGCACACAGAUGACGCUCUCGGCGGCGCAUUUCCGUAAUGUCUGCCACGAAUCCGCUAACCAAUGGACACGAGCCACGUCUAUCCUCAAUUCUAUACCACCUCAACUAUCUGAAGAGAAAGCUUUUUUCUUAAUUUAUAACAAAGAUGCCAUACUUAAAGAUAAUAAAAGUAUAUCGUCUAUAUCUCAUGCUAUUAGUCGACUAAAUCAAAUAACACAAGAGCCUAUCCUCACCAAAAGUCAUCGACAGAAAUCUUUUACAAAAGGUUCUCCCUGGAAAUGCAAAAGUUGUGGCAAGAAAUUUCGAUUACUAUACACAUUGAAUAUUCAUCUGAGAAUGACCACGAAUAGAGCUUGUACACACUGUGGUCUAAUCAUUAACAAGAAAAGGUUGCAUCAGCAUUUGAAAAGAGCACAUGGUAUUCUUCUGUUUCACUGUGACACAUGUCACAGAUUAUUUAAAAAGGCAUCGGAAUUGGAUUUACAUAUACAAACAGCGCAUAGCGUGAUAUCAUACUCGUGUCCAGUUUGCAAACAAGGUUUUGUAAACGAAAGAGCGCUAAGAGCACAUAAGUACGCUCACACACUAUUUAACUGUCUAUCUUGUAAUAGUAGCUUUGAGAACUUGAGGUGUUACAGAUACCAUAUUGGUCAUUGCCAGGGGUCCAAAGCACCGCCAGAUUCGUUAUAUGAAUGCGAUUAUUGUGGGUAUAAAUACAUAAAAAAGGAUUCUCUAAGAAGUCACAUUCAGAAUAAACAUUUGAAAGUAUUACAAUUUGUAUGCCAGAAGUGUGGCAAGAGAAGUACCAGUCUCGCUCACCAUAAGGCCCAUGAAGUAAUACACAAGACUGAAAGGGAAGUUUUCAAAUGUCACUGUGGUGCAAAAUUGACAACACAGCUCGGUUUCAACUUGCACCAAAGGAUACAUUCAGGUGAAAAGCCUUACGAGUGCAAGAUAUGUGGGGAAAGAUUCCUGUCAACGUCCAGACGUCUGGAUCACAUGAAGAGGCGACAUAUGAACACUGAGGAUAUGCCCCAUAAGUGUAGGGAAUGCUCUGCUAGUUUUAUAAGACCUUCAUUGCUCAAGAAGCAUUACAAAGUAGUACACGGUGUCUCCAGUUGAUUUUUAAAGAUUUUUUAUACGGCAUACUUGUGGAUUUGUUCCAGAUGACAGAAGACGAUUUCUGCCCGCGUGGUAUCUGCGUAACUUGUACAGACGCGGGCAUCAACGCAUAUGAGUUCCGAAUGCUAACGAAGAAUUCUAACAAAGUGUGGUCCAACUGUGUGGACAAUAUAGAUAAGGUUAUCGACAGCGGAAAACCACCUAAUUCCCUGUACACCAUAAUGAGGGAAGACCUAUCAGUUCUGACCGUUAACAACUUUAAAGGCGACUCAAAAUCUCUGCUGGAUCAUCUCGUCAAUCGUGUUU